GGUACUAGCGAGUGGCAAUAUUGGGUUCUUGGAGAGGAAGAAGUCAUCAUCCACAUCAAAGCUUUUUAUGACGUGGGCAUCAAUACCUUUGACGCCGCAGACAUAUACUCCAAUGGACUUUCUGAUGUCAUACUCGGAAAUGCGAUCAAAAAGCUCAGCUUACCUCGGGAUGAGAUUGUAGUCAUGACAAAGGUCUAUAGAGUCGUCGGACGUACCCCGAGUGAGGAUGUUGGCUCCUGUGGGUUUGUUGCACUAUCUGAUCUGACACAACAAAUAGCAUAUUUUCGCAUCCAUCAAGAGCGUUUGCAACUUGAUUAUGUUGAUGCUGUCGUGUUUGUCCCGACCCGGUGUUCGAUUAAAGAUCGUUCUGACAGCCAUUCUGUCAUGUUUCUGAUCUUGAUGCAGCUCCAGUCCAGGCAAUGCAAAGUAACACCAUAUCCAUAUCUUUGGCACUACGCGAUCACAAACCCUCUCACAACUUUCAUUUCUAUGCAGAACCACCACAAUUUGGUUUAUCGCGAAGAGGAACGAGAGAUAUUUCCGACACUCGAGAUGUUCGGCGUUGGAUGCGUUGCUUGGUCGAUGGCACAAGACAUCGCCACGGCGCCGAUCGUCGGGACCACGUCUUUGAAGCACCUGCAGGAUCUCCUUGGUAUGUGUCUCGUAAGCAAAGAGCAGACGUCUGAACUGAGUCUUAUUAAGGUGCCAUCAGUAUCACUCUGA